CAAGGCAGGCUAUAAAUAACUUAUUGUUGUUAAACCGUUGAGCAAUAAUAUUUUUAUAUAUAUUUUCUUUAUUAUUUUACCCGCCAAUUUAGAAUCGCCGGAACAAAUUCCGAGAUAGACGGAAAAGUCUCCGAUUUCCCUUCCUCACUCACGGGCAAAUGAAUCGUAAAGAGCAAACCCUAAUCGGUUCGAUCAUCGUUCAACACUUGCUGAAAAUAGUUUAAUUUUCCAUUUGUUUUGUGUAGAUUUAUAUUUUAUAAUUCUGGGUUUCUAACAAUGAAUCGCAAAGAGCAAACCCUAUUUGGUUCCGGAGCCUGUGUAGCGAUCACAGUCAUUUUAUCGUUAAAAUUACUGAUCGAUCACGUCCUAAAUUGGAAGAAACCGAAGGAACAAAAGGCGAUCGUUGUUAUCAUCCUCAUGGCACCUAUCUAUGCUAUUGAUUCAUAUGUUGGUUUGAUCGAAAUUCGUGGCAGUGAAACCUUUUUUGAGUUGUUGGAUUCCAUCAAAGAAUGCUACGAGGCUUUGGUGAUGGCCAAAUUCUUGGCUUUGUUGUAUACUUACUUGGAUAUAUCUAUAAGCAAGAAUAUUGUACCUGAUGAUAUCAAAGGAAGAGUUAUUCACCAUUCAUUCCCAAUGACUCUUUUCCAACCUCAUAAAGUCUAUCUGAACCAUCACAAACUGAAACUCCUCAAGUAUUGGACAUGGCAAUUUGUAGUGAUCCGGCCCGUGUGCUCUGUCGUAAUGAUCGUUCUUCAGCUCCUUGAAAUAUACCCUGAUUGGCUGAGCUGGACAAUCACUAUUAUCUUAAACAUAUCGGUUUCAUUGGCGUUGUAUGCCCUUGUGGCUUUCUACCAUGUAUUCGCUAAAGAAUUAGCCCCACAUAACCCUCUUGCAAAGUUUUUAUGUGUCAAAGGGAUUGUCUUCUUCUGUUAUUGGCAGGGAGUGUUGCUAAGUAUUUUGGCGGCAAUGGAUAUACUCACGCCUGAACAUUAUUGGCUAGAUGCAGCACAUGUUCAGCAAGCACUUCAAAACAUACUGGUGGUUGUGGAGAUGAUAUUUUUUUCGAUAUUUCAAAUGUAUGCGUAUAGUGCUGCUCCAUACAAAGGCAAAGUUGUCAAAGAAAAGAAGAAAGAAUGAUUGAGAAUAGUAUCAUUGUCAUAUGCAGAAAUAAUGUUGGUAAAGCUUCUAUAUUUGUUCACUUUAGACAUCAUGUGACUUACCCUUACAUGGUUUUGUUUUGGUUUUCACUAACAUUGUUAUGUAAACCGAAUGUCAAAGGGGGUCUGGGGAGCCGGUUGACCCUAUGAGCGAUAAUAUUCUUUUAUAAAUAGGGCAUCUGAUAUUA